UGGCAAUCAAAUUUCUUCCAAAGAUUAAGGGAAAUUUCGUUGUCUGUUUGUUUCAUUUGUAUAUGGUUCAUUAAACCAGUCCUCGAGUGAUAAACUGGCUUUGCAUAUAAUUGUUGAAAGAAAUUAAUUAACAAUAAUACAAUAAUUGUUUUCGUCGAGUAAAUCAGGUUUAGAAAUAUGGCUUCAUAUGUUAAUAUGAGUCUAGAUGAUAUAAUACAAAAACAGAAAAAGGAUUCUGUUAGUAGGAACACAUUUAAAAAUAAAAAACAAUUACCAGUGAAAAAGAAAACUAUCAUGGAUGCAAGAAACAAAAUAAUUUCUAAAAAACGCACUCAAAUCACAGAUGCCAGAGAAAAAUUAGGCGAACUUGCCAAGCAAAAAGAUGCACGUUUAAGAUUGGAGCAAUUAAGAGCGAAAAGGGCCGUGACCAAGAUGCAGGGUGGCUUCAUUUCUCAUAAACAUGGGAGGCCCAAUAAGCAAUUUGCUAUGAAAGAAAGAGUGUUUACAGAUCCAUCAAGACAAGUAGCUUAUCAAUCCCUCACACCGAAGUUUGUGAAAAAGAAUGUCUUUAAUAAAAGAUUUGUAGGAGAGAGACCAAAUGAACCAAGAAAUUUUGCUGAUGUAAAAUGCAGUUACAAACCUAUUAUAAGGACUGUCGAAAAUGAUAUUGCAAUAAUUGAUGAUCCACUUGAGAAAAUGUGUGAGCCAAUAGGAACAUCACUAACAAAUAGGAAAGCGAGUCUGCAAUUGAAAAUAGUCACACAUAAUAGUGAUGCGCACAGGACAGCUACAAUUGAGAAAGAGAAAAGCCCACCGAGACCUCCGUCUAUAUUAAAGAAAAGGCCGAUGGCUGCCUUGCGUACUGAAAAUAAAGUUGAAAAGCCUGAAAAAUCUAAUCACGAGUACAGAAUCAUUGUUAGCAAUUUAAGAAACACUGUAACUGGAGGUGACAUUGAGGAAUUGUUUGGAGAUGUUGGCGGUAUGGUAGAAUCUCGACUAGUAAGACCUGGCACAGCAGAAGUUAUAUACAAAACUGUUCAAGACGCCCAAAAAGCUGUGGAACUCUACCACAACAGACAGUUAGAUGGUCAGCCCAUGACAUGUCUCCUUGUCACACCACGACCUAACACUGUAAUGAGGAACACAGGCAAACCAGCAUUGUACAGCACCAACUCAAAUGUUGUUCCAGACAUAUCUACCUUCCAUAAAGUCUUAUUCAGCAGCUUUUAAUAAAUACUCUUGGAUGUAUUUACGUUUACUAUAAUGGUGGAAAUUUUAUAAAUUUAUUCUUGUCAAUGUUAAAUACGUCAAGUAAAUUGUACUUAGCGUUUAACAUACUUAUAUAAUUAAUAUAUAGGUAUAAUUGCAUACAUAUUUUGAAGUGUAAUAAAUAUUGUAAUUCAAAA